AUGCCCACGGAGUUUCAUAUGGAGCUUCUCCUGAAGCAGGAAAAGAAAGGAACCAUCUGGUUUCAGCAAUUAUUAAGUCUGAUUUAUUCUGAGGAACAUCGCAAAGGCACUGGAAAACUGGAAACCAUGGAUCGAGCCCCCUUCCUUGAGUACAACUUUCGAAAAGUGGAUUUUGAGGAAAGACCAUCCCCUCGUCUCUUCUCUACCCACCUCCCAUACUACUUGGUUCCCAGUGGGCUGAAGAACAAAAAAGCCAAAAUUAUUUAUGUAUACAGAAACCCUAAGGACGUUAUGUGCUCAUAUUUUCACUUUGCAAAGAAUGUGACGUCACAAUUUACAGGUACCUUUGAGGAAUUCAUGAAACGAUUUCUUGAAGGAAGAGUGAUGGGAAGCCUUUGGUUUGACCACAUCAAAGGUUGGUAUGAGCACAGAAGCCUUUUCAACAUUCAGUUCAUGACUUAUGAGGAGAUGAAGAAGGAUCUCAGAGGUUCUGUGUCAAAAAUCUGCAAGUUUCUGGGGAAAGGAUUGAGUGAAGAGGAUAUGGAUGUGGUUGUGAGACAGGCCACAUUUGAGAACAUGAAGUAUGACCCACUGGCAAAUUAUGACAAUAUAAUAGCCAUUGGAUAUGGGCCGGAUGUAAAAGGUCAUUUCCUUCGCAAAGGUGAGGGUGAACAUAGAGUGGCCACGUGGCACUGUGGCAGCAAUGAGCCAGAAUGUAGCUUCUAA